UCGUAUGAAUUUACAACUCGGAAAUUCGCCCUAAGAGUGAGGUUACAACCAAGAGGUUUUAUCAUACAGCCGCUGAAAGUUUCCGGAGUCUGUUGUUACCAAAUAUAUACUGUCUUUCCUGUUUUAUUUUCAGACGUGUAGUAUUUGAUCUUGGAUAUUGAUAUUGGACGGGGAACAAACAAAGCCUUUGAUGUCCCCAUCAGCCAUAGAGUAUAAGAUGAUGUGCUAUUCAAUCAUCUCGGAGAGCUAAAAUAACCUUCCAGCAACAAGGACCUUAUUUGCCCUUUCUCUUUCAAAUAUUGCCUCUCUAAUACUACCUAAAAUAUUUCUUGUGAUAUCAUGGAGUUCAUUGAUUGGAUCCGUGAAGCCUUGAUCUCACUUGGCUUUCUCGACAAGAAAGCAAAGCUGCUUCUUCUUGGACUCGACAACUCUGGUAAGUCAACAUUGCUGUAUAGACUUAUAGCCGAUCGUCUUGCGGCUCUAGAGCCCACUCGACAUCCAACUUCAGAGGAGUUCAGAAUCGACAAUGCUGUGUGUACCGCGUUCGACCUUGGGGGUCACCAGCAAGCCAGACGACUUUGGAGGGAUUACUUCCCAGAAGUUACCGGAAUUAUAUUUGUCGUCGACGCCACGGAUCCUGGGCGCUUCGCGGAAGCUAAAGCCGAGCUAUGGGCCCUCCUUGCCAAAGAGGAGUUAGCCAAUGUUACUUUUCUAGUGCUAGGAAAUAAGAUCGACCACCCCAACGCUGUAUCAGAUGUCGAACUUCGUUUUCAGCUAGGUCUUGACAACAUCCUACGUAACAACGUCGGGUUUUUUAUGUGUUCCGUAGCUGAGAAGCAGGGAUACGGAGAAGGUCUGCGCUGGCUCGCCCAAUCCAUUUAAAAGCAUGGCGUUAUCUUAAAUAGCCUCAAACUAAAGAUUCGAUUUGAUAUAACUUAGGUACCUUUCUAACUAUAAUUCUUUUUAAUUAAUAAUAAAUAUUUUUACUUUAAUUUUACAACUUGG